AUGCGCUUCAACCUUUUCUUCCUCUCGGCUCUGGCCGCCACGUGCACCGCCGUCGCCAUCCCUGAGCACGACUUUGUGCCCGACUACUCUCACAACAUCUCCCCCGUACCAAGAGGCAUCCUUGACAAGCGUGACUCUUACGACUGCAAGGGUAGCUCCAUGUGCUCUUCCUUAAAGGUUGCCGCCUGCGAUGACGCUGUGAACAACAAGCUCAUCCGUAACGAUGACGUGAACUACGGUGCCCCCGGCAGUGGCAGAUCCCGCACCGGAGCUUGCUCCAACGUCUUCGGCGGCUACGGAUGCGGUAUCUUCAUCCAGGGCAAGUCUGGCUGCGCUCGCACGGGCAACCAGAUGUGGUGGGACUACCAGGACAUUCGCAACAACAACUGCCGGGUCUGCGGCUCCAAGCACUGGGGCGAUGGCUGCUUGACUACCAUCAACUACGUCUCCAGCUGUUAA